AUGAAUAAGAAAUUGAAGAAGCUGGCCCCAGUUUCCUUGAACGACAGAUUCAGAGAUAUUCCAAAAAUUCAAAUAUUCGAACCCUUAGAAAUAGAUGAAGUCGAUGAAUCGUGUACGGACCCGUUGAACAAGGGAUUUACGGACUUUCUUAACAUAUCAGAGGAAAAUGAGCAGCUAACGGAUAACGAAGGGGACGAUACUUAUUUGGAUCUUGAUGUAGACUGUAAGGACUUUUACAAAUCUCAUAAGCCAAAGAAACAGAAAUUUCAAUCUGUGAAUGAUGUGUUUGCGGAACUUGAAUCGCUGUCUGCAGCUACUUGUAGUUUUCGUGGAAUUUCCCAUCAAAGAAUUCAAAAACUCAUUGCUGCAUAUAAUACACAAACCGAAUUAGAAAAAGUUGUCCGUUUAGUUGAAUCUCACGUGCCAAAUUUAAGAGAUAAAACUGCCGUACGUUAUGCACGAUUACUAACCAAAGAACUCAAAACCAGUAGCAAUGAGGAGUAUAAAGAAGAAUUAAAUUUAUUAAAAGAAAACAUUAUCGGACAUUCGCCUACAGAUCUUGCAAAGACAAUUGAAACAAUUAAGAGACAAGUUGCUGAAAUGCCUAAAGAGUGGAAUAUUAUUCAGAUAACUUCACACCACACUGAAAAAGAAGCUUACAAUUUGAACAUAAAUAUCCAAGGAACCAACCAGUUGCAUAUUACAGUAUUCAAUUGUGGCCAGGAUCUAGUCGACCCCUUUGUAAUAACUGUAGAUGCUCCUUAUUAUGAUGGCAAAAAAUUGGAGUUGAUGCAAAAACUGACUGAUACUUUUAUAGAUUACCAACAGAAUUUGAAAGAAAUUGUUAAUCAGAAACGGUUUAAAAACGUCCAAGAAAAACGUGAAUAUGUUUCGAGAACAGAAAAUACUGAAGUUACUUUGAAGGAAAUUAUCAAAAGGCUUGAAGAAAAUUGGCUCAGGCAAUGGAGAUGUCUUUUAAUUGGAAAAUAUCAAGAUAAGUCACUUGAAAAAAAUAUCAGGGAUGAGCUAGAGAAAAUUUAUAACAAUCAGUUGUCUAAGGUGGUCAUUCCUCCAAAAACCAAAGAGCUAAUGCAUUAUGUCACUAAAGGAGCGGGUUAUUUACUCUUCUCGGAAGUCCAAAAAGCAUUAAGUUAUUGUCUGAACAAAAUAGUAGACGAGAAUACAAUAAAAGAAAUUUCUCAGUUGAUAAAAGAAAUUAACAUUGCAGUUUUUCAGAAGAGUGAUAAUCAUUUGAGGCAUCCGAUAAUAUUAAUUGUGGAUGAGUGCUUGGACUCUUUUCCUUGGGAAAUGCUGACAAUCCUAACUGACCAACCAGUAACUAGAUUACCGUCCCUAUAUUUUGCUCAUCUCUUGUUCAAAAGCCACGAAAAAGAGAUCCAGAGAGGUGACAAGAUAGUCAGAAGCCACAAAAAUGGCAAAUACCUUUUAAACCCGGACAGUAAUUUGCCCAACAUGGAAAUCAGAAUACAGGCGUUUUUGAAGUACUGGCUGCCAAAUUGGACGGGCAUAAUUAACAAGAAACCAACCAAAGAGGAGUUUUUUGAUUUGGUAACUGCUGCUGAUAUUUACUCGUAUUACGGACAUGGUAAUGGCUCACACCUAAUGUCACUAGAUUUUAUUCAAAAAUGCCAAAUUGGAGCCGUAGUGAUGUUAUUCGGCUGUGCCAGUAAUAAGUUGACCCAAAAAGGUGCUCAAGUUGAGAUGUAUAGUUCCUAUUAUUUGUAUUUGAUGGCUCGCAGUCCAUGUGUCUUUGGUAUGCUUUGGCCAGUGACGGACAUGUAUACGGAUCUGUUGACUACAGAAUUUUUAAGCACCUGGCUGCCAUCUUCAGCCGAAAGGGGUUGGUCUAAAAUUGAUAAACAAGCUUGGAUGAAGACUUUUAAAAUUAAAAAGCUUCCUAGUAAAGAAAUAAAUGCUGAUAUUGUUAGAAUUGAAGAAGAAAAUAAUUUAGAACUUUUAAGGGCUCUAUCUCAGUCCAAAAAGCGAACGAAUUAUCUAACAAAAGCUGCAUGUGUGGUAAGAGGUUUGCCUAUAAAAAUAGAAUUAUUAUAG